GUCAAAAGCUUCUCGUGAAAGAAUUUCACAGCACACACACAAAGUCUAGAGAGAGAAAGCGAGAGUUUAUUUUAGAGAGAGAAAAGGCACAAGAAAAGCUCGGUAGAGAAAAGUAGAGAGUGACUGGACUCCCCACUACUCAAGAACUACCAACAGAUCAAGAACUUUAGUCCAAAAAGAACGCAUCAAGAAAGACGCUGGUCGACGCUUGCGGUUAAAACCCUAAGAAUCUAGGGUUUUCUCGAUUCAGAAGUUUGGGGGGAAAAUGGCGAGUCCUCAAUCGGCCAUCUCUCCGAAGACGCCCGGUUCUAUGGUCCUGCGAACGCCUCUGAGCGACGAAGCGAUCUGGAAGCGCCUUCGAGAGGCUGGGUUCGACGAAGAGUCGAUCAAGCGGAGGGAUAAAGCUUCUCUAAUUGCUUAUAUCGCCAAGCUUGAAGCUGAGGUGUAUGAGCAUCAACACCACAUGGGUCUUCUUUUAUUGGAAAAAAAGGAAUGGAUUUCCAAGUAUGAGGCAAUUAAAGCCUCUGUUGACUCAGGCGAGUUAAUGCAUAGGAGGGAUCAAGCUGCACGCUCAUCUACUCUAGCGGAAGCCAAGAAACGGGAGGAGAAUUUGAAGAAGGCUCUCGGAAUUGAGAAAGAGUGUGUUGCAAAUAUUGAGAAGGCCCUGCACGAGAUGCGUGCAGAAUGUGCUGAGACAAAAUUUGCAGCUGAGAUCAAAUUGUGCGAAGCACGAAGUAUGGUGGAAAAUGCUGAGAAAAAGUUUGUUGAGGCGGAGGCAAAGCUGCAUGCAGCAGAGUCUUUGGAAGCUGAAGCGAAUCGGUAUCACCGAGCUGCUGAAAGAAAGUUACAUGAGGUGGAAGCACGGGAAGAUGAUCUCAGAAGACGCAUCAUAUCGUUCAAGUCGGAUUGUGAUGCUAAAGAGAAAGAGAUCCUUCUUGAGAGGCAAUCUGUAUACGAAAGGCAGAAAACUCUGCAGGAAUCGCAAAAAAGGUUACUCGAAGCACAAGCUCUGCUAAACCAAAGGGAGGACUACAUUUUAAGUAGAUCUCAGGAACUAAAUCGACUGGAGAAAGAGUAUGAGUCAUCUAAAGCGGAUAUUGACAAGCAACUUCGAACCUUAAAUGAGGAGAGAAGCUAUCUGGAGCUAACUGUAGCUUCUUUGUCAGCGAAGGAAGAGGGUGUUAUAAAAAGAGAAUGCGAGCUGAACAAGAGAGAGGAAGACCUGCUUAUCCUGCAGGAGAAACUUUUGAGCAAGGAAUCAGAUGGAAUUCAACAAGUUAUGGCUAACCACGAAGCUGCCUUGAAAGCAAGGAAGUCUGAAUUAGAGGUAGAGUUGGAGACAAAGCAAAAACACGUGGAAGAGCAAAUGGUGACCAAGAGACGUGCUUGGGAGUUGAGGGAGAUGGAUCUUAGUCAACAGGAGGACGUAAUGUUGGAGAAAGAACAGGACUUGGAGGUUAAAUCAAGGGCAUUAGCAGAGAGGGAGAAGGAUUUGACAGAGAGGACAAAUUUACUCGUUGAGAGAGAGAAAAGUCUCCUUGCUGCGGAAAGGGAAGCUGAGGAGACAAAAGCCCUUUUGCAGAAGGAAAAAGCAGAGAUCAACAACUCGAAGCUUGAUCUUCAAAAGUCUAUGGAUUUACUCGAAGGCAGGAAAAAGGAAGUUGAUGAAGCAGAGGAGAAAAUGGGGGCCAUGAAAAGUGAAACAAGUGAACUACUGGUUUUAGAAAUGAGGCUUAAAGAAGAAAUUGAUACUAUCAGUGCUCAAAAGUGUGAACUUGAGGUUUUGGCUGAUGAGUUGAAAGUAGAAAAGGCAAAAUUCGAGACUGAGUGGGAAUCAAUUGAUGAGAAAAGAGUAGAACUACAAAAGGAAGCAGAGCGUGUGGCUGAGGAGAGACUUGCCAUUUCCAAGUUUCUAAAGGAUGAGCGAGAUUGCCUUAAAUUAGAGAGGGAUGCAAUGUGGGAUCAGUAUAAGCGUGAUGUUGAGUCACUUUCUCAUGAUCGGGAAGCCUUUAUGAUUGAAAUUGAACACGAGCGAUCAGAGUGGUUUAGCAAGAUUCAAAAAGAACGUACUGACUUCUUGCUGGAUGUUGAGAUGCAGAAGAGAGAGCUAGAAAACUGUGUUAGUAAGAGGCGUGAAGAAAUUGAAAGUAAUCUCCUUGAAAGAGAGAAGGUUUUUGAGGAAGAAAAGAAGAAAGAACUUCAGCAUAUAGCUUCUCUUCGGGAAACAGUGGAAAAGGAAAUGGAACAAGUUAAUAUAGAAAUGCAAAAGCUUGAUUCUGAGAGAAGAGAGAUCAGUUUAGAUCAUGAACGGAGGGAUAAGGAAUGGGCAGAAUUAAACAAUGCUAUUGAAGAACUUAAGGUGCAAAGGCAGAAGUUGGAGAAACAAAGGGAGCUAUUGCAUGUGGAUAGAGAAGAGAUUCUUGCUCAGAUUGAACAGAUGAAGAAGUUGGAAAAGGAAGCCCCAGACUGUAUAACUGCACCUGAGAUUCAAGAGUCCAUUUUACUGUCUAGCAGGCAAAAAAUUUCAGCAAGAAGAGUUCUGAAGCAGCAGACUGUUGUACAAGAUGCUAAAAUGGAUACUAAUAAAAAAAUAGACUGCGUUGGACUUGAUUUUUCUUCUAAAAAUGGAUCAGAUGUUCCUUCUACUCCUGUUUCUGCUCCUUUCUCAUGGCUUAAACGCUGUGCUGAUACAUUACUAGAGCGCUCACAGAGUAAUAAAAAAAGGAAGCAGCACAAGGAUAUUGAUUUAGCACCAUUAGAAGAGGCCACAAACCCCUGUGUGUUGUCAACACGGGGAAAUGCACCAAAAGAUGAACUUGCUUUGAUGCCAUUGAACCAUACUCUGGGAGGCGCUGAGGAGACUACGGUUUAUAUAGAUAAAAUCAUUACAAUUCGAGAAGUAACAUCCAUGGGUGGUGGAAGAGUUGAUGAGGACAGUCAGUACCAACAAGAAGUAAUCUCUAAGGAAAGUGAGGAGAAGCUUGAAGAUCAUGGCAACUCCAGAUUCGAUGAAAACGGGAAGGCUAAGCAGCUGUGCCCACAACAGUAAUACGAAAAGGUGCAGUACAGAACAGAAGCCUGCAGUAUAGAAUUACGGGUGGUUGUUUUUUUGGUUAUUGCCUGCGACUUGUUUAACAGGAGGUCAAUCAUGUAAAUGGCGUAUUUCAGCGUUAUAUGUAAGGCACCUGUAUAUUCUUUUCUAGUAGUGGCUUUUAACCUGUGUGGAGUAUUGUGUAAGGCAGUUUAUCGCCAUUGGGAUCCAUAGGGAGGUUGGCAUUAGCCUGCAUAGAGUGGUGUUUGUGUUAUUGUUUGUGGGUUAUCGGCUUUGGUAUUUAUAGUGUUUGGUCGUUUUGGUGGUGAAUGUUAGUCAUUAUGCUAUUGACACUUUUUCAAUUUUUGGGUCAA